UAUGGUGGAUUUGAUCUCCGCCCAGUUUCCCUUUCUGACGAAUUUCUCCAUCGUUAGCACCGUCAGUAUUACUCGGUCGUCGUCUUCCUCUUCUCUGACGCGUUCUUUGCUGUCACGCUACAAAUACAGCACAGCGCCGUCCAUUAGCUAUGGUCUCUCGCUCCUUUUAUUACAUUUCAUUUCCUACUAGUCUUACUGUACUCUUGACAGAGAGAACAUCCGAGCCUGCUUUUUUCCUGCGCAUCACAAGCAUAGGAAAAUGGUGGAGCUCUCCUUUGUCUCUAAAGCAAAGUCAGCUUUCCAUUCUGCGGCUGCGAAAGCGGAGCAGGUUCUUGUGGACUUGAAAUCCGAGCGAGGUCCUGACAAAGAAUCGCCCGAUGCAUUGACUAGGAAUCCAGGAGAUUAUUCUACUCAGAACGACGGCGAGUCAAAGAUUCACAGUGAAUUGAGGCAUCUGAAGUGGAGGCCUGCGUAUAUAGGAAUAAAGCAGGAUUUGCAAGAUAGGAUUAAGAACAUUCGAAUAGGGAGAAAAGAAAUUGAAGAGACGGAUAAACUCAGGGGCGUAGCCCUGACUGUUCCAUUUUAUGAAGAAAAUUUGGACGUCAUCAAUAAGAAAUAUGAUCCCGAGGCCAAGGUUUCAGAAGCAGUUCCCUCAGUUGAAAGCUUAAUAGCUGCCACUAAAGAUCCCUUUUGUCCACCAUUUGCUAUUAAAGAUUCCAUUCCUCCAUCAUCUGUGCUGAAGCAACUGGCUAUAGCUGUUGAGGCUGGAGGCAAAACAAAGUCAAUGAAAGAUUUUAUAGCUUCAAGAGGAGGUUCUUCACCUGUUCAUGAUAGGGCAGGCUUAAGGCUCUCUGCAGUGAAGGCAUUAGUUUUGCGUGAAAAGGAGGACAGACUCAACUUCAGUGAUGAUGAGAAAGUUCUUUGUUUGAUUAAUUCUCUAUUUGAUCCAGAGGGGGGAUUUUUUGAAAGGAAGAUCAGCUAUGGUUCUGAGGAAACUGACGUAUCAUCCUUUCCAAGAGAUAUUCAUGGUGCUCCUCCUGAAAGCCUCAUUGUCAAGCUUGCUGAAGUCAUUGGAAACUUUAAGAACCUUCGAGAAAUGGCUCUGUUUUGGUGCAAAGUUGUUGUUGAACUGAGAAAACUUUGGUCUGAGGAGCAAUAUUUACCUAGAGUCCCCUUGAAUGAGAUUCCAGAUUUGAAGUCAUGCCUCCUACAUCAACAACUACAAGUAAUAAAUUGUUGUAUCUCCCGGAAAAGGCACCGUGUUACUGCCACUGAAUCUAUGGACUGUGUGUUACUAAAAGCUGGUUCAAAUAUUGAUGAGUUAGUUGGUUAUAGUGAGAGCAUUACUUCAAGUCCAGACCAGUAUGCUAGAUUAAGUACUGGGCAGUUUGUUGCUCGACUUGGCGCUGAGUGUCCUGCUGGAGAUCUGGUAUUGUUGGAAACUGGCGAGCCUGUUUAUUCUCCUGUUACCCAGGAAGGACCCCUGCUUACAGAAGAUCUGAUUGAAGAAACAGAGGAGUUUCUGCUGCAGACAAGAAGUGUUGGUGCUGCAUGUUCUCAACUCCUCUCUGAUAUGCAGGCUUUCAAGGCCGCAAAUCCGGGCUGUAUUAUGGAAGAUUUUGUGAGAUGGUAUUCUCCUCCUGAUUGGAAAGAAAGGGAGCCAAGUGCGGAGGCUCAAGAAUGUUUGGAUAGUAGUGACUCAUUGUCUAACAGAGGUUCUCUAAGUCUGCGGAUGCAAAAAGAAGGUAAUUUGUGGCGUGAAUUGUGGGAAGCAGCUAAACCAGUGCCAGCUGUUAAACAGGCACCUCUAUUUGAUGAGGAUUUGGCAGUGGAGGGCAUCCUGAAUGCUUUUGAGGAUAUCCAGCCUUCUGAGCUUUUUGAACAACUGUUUAUUUCCCUGCUUGGUUUAGGAUUUGCCAUUGCUGAACCUGUCCUAUCAGGAAACAGUGACUUCUCAAAGGUGUUCUCCGACUGCAAGGACUACAUUCUAGUCACCUGUCAAGGCAACGAUUGGAAUGAGAAAAUUGAUGACCUUUGCCAGGUAUAUGAAUCCGUGGAGGCAAUGUUACUGAAUCCUGAGGAAGCACUGAGGGUGAUGAAGCAGGUCAAAGAACCAGCUAGCACUGCCGGUGACCUCAAGGAUCGGUUUAAGAGGCUUAGCGUUAAGUUUGGUGGCAAAGAAAAGUUUUUAAGAAGGCCAAUCUCAAAAAAUAAGAUAAGCAAUGAAGAGAACGCAAUUCGACAAUCAUUUUCAAAUUUCUUUGACAGUAAAACGUCUUUAUUUUCAAAGAAGCUAUAGCCUGAAGGCACACGCGCUGCUGAGACCCCUCCCUCUCUUGAAAGCGAUUGGACGGCUCUCUAGAUCAAGUUUCUCAGAGAUUCGUCCUGCUGAUCCAUGUUAAAUUUUUCGGUUCUUUUUUUCGCCUAGAAGAUAACUGUAAUUAGUUCCCCCCCCCCCCCCCCCUCAAAAGGUGAAAAUGGUUAUAACAAAUUGCAAGGAAUUCUUGCUUUAUCACAGGAAGCUGAACAUUCAAUAGCUUGUAAGCUGAUAUUUGUUGUUGCCAGGCAACUAUCAACUAAAUUACAUGUUAGUUGUCUUUGUCAACAAAUACGGUAUUUGUAAUUUGUAAGAAUUACAGUUGAAAUAUUUUUAUCAA